UUAUACAUGCAAUGCCCAUAACAUCAAAUAUUUUGCUUUGCGAUGUUGUGCUCUAUCUGUAGGGAACACUACGAGAAAUGUAAGGUGCAACACCCAAAUUCAAUCGAUCGCACGCAUCAAACUAACUUUCCAACUUGGUUCAAGCAUCGUGUAAGUUAUUUUCCAACCUUAUCUACGUACUGAAAACAAACAUGUUUCCUCGAUAUGUUUUUUAACGAUGACAAUUAAUCACAUUGUGGAUUUUCAACAAUUUUGGUAUAGAUCCAGGAACAUCGUAUCAAGAAUCCACAUGAUGUGUCCGAGGAUCUUUAUGCGUUAGCUUGCGGGCCUGAUCGUUGGGUUGCAUCAUAUGCUGCAAGCAUAAUAAAUGGGAAAAGGUUUCAUACGAAGCAGCGUGAACUUCGCCGUCGUACGCAAAAUUCUGGGGUGUUGGUGACUGGGGACGAGGAUACAAAUAAUGCCGACUUUUAUGGUGUUAUUAAUAAUAUCAUAGAGUUACGCUAUAUGGAGUGGCGUCGGGUGUACCUAUUUCAGUGUGAUUGGUUUGACGUUGGUGAUAAAAAACGAGGGGUGCGGGUGGAUGACCAUAUGAUUAGUGUCAACAUGAACAGGACUUGGUAUAAGGAUGAACCGUUCGUGUUGGCGAGUCAGGCAGAUCAAUGUUUCUACAUAAGAGAUUUAAGGGCGAAAGGGAAUUGGGGUGUUGUGCAGAACUAUACAAAUAGGAAUGUAUACAACAUUCCAUCAGUGUCGACUACUAUAGAAGAUAUUAAUGAUGGCGAUUCAAGUAUUAAUGAGGCCGAUCAGGAAAAUGAGUCAUCAAAUUAUUAUGAACCAGUGCAGAGUGAUAAUGAAAAUCCAGUGUCAACUCCACUUGAUAGGCUUGAUAUACCACCUAGCCAUAUUGAUGCACGAGAAGUCAUGGCUAGUGAUGGUCAAUGCAACUCUUCAUCCGGGUUUAUUAAUGAUGACAUGCUUACUUCUGGUUCUGGAGAUGCGGAUAGUGAGGGGGAAUAUUCAGAUGAGGAUGACCUAUCAACAGACGAAGAGUCUAUGUCAGAGAAAUAAGCAAAAGCUAGAAACAUCACAUGAGUUGAGGUUACAAGAAAACAAAACUGUGUUGCCAUCUUCUUGGCUUUACAAUUUAUCAUGCAAUCCCAUCUUGAAGCUGGAGGCAUGAGGAGCAGUAUUAAUUAUCAAGGUGAUCGCGCGGGACCUAGUUCUAGAGGCGGAGGGAGAAUCCGGGGUAUUCGUGCAAGGCGCCACGUACCGUACUCGGCUCGCCACAACCGACCACGGGGAGCAAAAAUCUCCUCAGUUUAUAGCCCUGAGGAGUGUAAUCAAGAGUCCUCGGAUGAUUCCACACAGCCCCCAAGCCCCCCACCAUCCACCAACCCAAUUCCCACACCAGCGCCUAUUCGAGAACCCUCACCGGUGCGGGAACAAUCACCUACUAGAGAACAUGCAAGAUUGGAAGACUCACCCCAAAUUGUUGCAGACGCCCCCACGGAGCCCGUACUAACGCAGCAACAGAGGUUACGAAAACGUGGGCCCGCUCGAUGCAUUGAGUUUGAGAAGGUGAGAAAGAACGGGAAAGUGAUUUUAAAGAUAAACGAUGGUGAGACUGCCCCUUGUUGUGAUCAUGCCCCUAUGUUCACAACACGAGUAUCAUGGAUUGUGAAACAAUAUUGUGACAUGAGUUAUGCGCGAUGGACUGAUGUCCCACAAGCGAUGAAAGAGGAGCUAAUUGACCGUGUUCGGGCUGACUUUGUGUUAGACUGGGAAAGGGAAAACCACCGGUUGACGGUGACAAAGGCACUUCGUAAGCGCUUCAACUCCUUCCAUCAUGACUUGCACAAGAUUUACCAAUCCUUUGGAAGCCAUGAAGAAGCUUUAGCUAAUGGCACAAGCAUGGUGGACCCACUUGUAUGGGUGAAGUUGUGUGGCAGGUGGGGCAGUGAGGCCUUUAAGAAAAUGUCUUCUCAGAACCGGGAGAACCGAAAGAAGCAAGCAAUUAAUCACACAUCAGGACGUAAAUCAUUCGUCCGAAUACUUGAGCAAAAGCGCGCUGAGAAUGGAAAUUUGGUGGACUUCUAUAAAGAGACACGCUGGUCGAAGAAAAAGAAUAAGUUCGUGACAGAUGCUACUGAAGAACAUUACAAGGAGAUGCAAGGUAGAUUGGAUGGCCUAGAACCAGAGGAACGAAGUGGUGAGGCAGCAGCGACGGUCUUUAGGGAGGUCCUCGGACAUCGACCUGGAUAUGCACGAGGACUUGGGGAGAUGGUCAUCCCCGAGUCAAGUAGACAACGUGACCAAGUUAAAAUGCAAUGCUACCAGUCAGAGAUUGAAAGAUACAAGAAAGAUGCUGAACAACAUAAGAAAGAUGCCGAAGACUAUAAGAGUCAGCUGGAUGAAAUGAGAUCAGAGGUGCGGGCUCUUAGGGAGCAUGCGAUUCAAACUGAUAGGCUGCUGCAAGCGUUCUUUAAGGAUCAUCCCACAUUCACUGAGUCAUAUCGCCAGACUCAGUGUAAUGAUUCCCCCGACCCAUAAGGGGGGGGUCGAGUGUUUUUUGGCAUUUUGGGUGCUUUUUUGUUAGUCAAAAAGACAGCUGGGCAGUAAUCUAUAUAUAUAUAUAUAUACAUAUUACUAUAUAUAUAUAUAGUAAGGGGUAUAUGCCAACACAUGGGAUAUUGGGGAAGUUUAGGCCCGACGACUGGAUCGUUAGAAGUUUUUGAGCAUUUGAUAUUAAAUCGAUGGUUCCAGUUCGUCGUUUCAAUGGCAAUUCCUCUGACUUCAAAACCAACAGGUAAGUACUCACAUAUAAUCUUCAAAUAAACUUGGCCGAGUUGGCCACAACACUAGUUUUAAGGAUUUUCAGUUUCCUCUUUGCAUGCACACUAAUAUAAUUUUACGUUUAUUUGUUGCUUCUAUGUUGGUAUAUUCCUAAUGGCUAUGUUAAUCCUUUUUUUUUAGUUGGUUUAUUGUACAAAUGCAGUAAUAUUGUCUUUCCUCCACGUUCAAGGCUUCUGAAGUUGAAUGAUGGUGGCGGCUUCAACUUGGGGGUCCAAGUCAGUUAUAGAAUAUCUGAAGAGAUAUGAGAGCAAUGAUGAGGAAGGAAGGAAAUUAGGAAAAGAACAAAAGGACGAAGAAUGUGGUCCAAAGUAAACCAGAUGUAAAAGGUGUUUUAGUCGUGGAUGAAGAUCCAGUUUGUCACAAACCAGUUAAUCUUGAAGCGGAAAACAAUGAUGAUUCAGCUGGUAAAAGGAAUUUACAUUUUGGCUUCUUGAAUUUUCUUGUUCCAUAUGUGUAUGAGUUUGUUAUUAUGGGGUGUUAAAAAUUUUCUGCCGUUUGAUGUUGGAGAAGAGAACGUAUAUCGAAGGAAGACUUUUUGAAGUCAAGGCAGAAAGUAAAAGUAGAAGAGAAGCCCAAGGUACUUUGGAAUAUUAUCAUAAACCUGUCAUGUGUGAGGAGCGGUAUAGUGAGUUUAUAAAAUUCUUGUGAGUAUUUUAUACCUCAAACCUGUUUUCUUUGGUUGGUGGACUGGUCAACUUUUACCCUUGAGCCCAUGUUACUCAAUUAUGCUGACAAAUGCCACUGUGGCCGUUCAGUAUUUUUCAUGUUUCAGCAUAAAAGAAAUUUCCAUUUUAUUACAAGAAUUACAAUUCUCAUGAAUGAAGGAAAUUGGUGUUUGUAACAGAUAUAUUAGGAUAAAGAGUGCAUGUGCAUAUACCUGGGCGUUUAUUUUUUCUUUGUUUUUUCCCCUUUUACAUUUCCCAAAUCUUGCAAGAACUUAAUUGUGGAAGGGAUAGAUUCAGGUUGUACAAAUUGCAGUCUGAUGAUGUUCGUGACUAUGAAAAAUUUUCCUUUUCUUGUUCUUUUAAUCUCUUAUGAGGCUUUGGUGAAAAUGUUACAGUAAUUCUGCUAGUUGUCAAAGAGACUCGGUGGUUAUUUACAAAUGACUAUUAUUAAGUGUUGGCAGACACAGAUCAAUUCUAUUAUGGAAGGCGUUAAACCAUGAGGUUGUAGAGGAUGAAAAGGUUUUCCAUUUAAUAUGGAGAAGAAGUUGGAAGUUGGGGAAGGGCUUGGCUCAAAAGCGGGAAGCUGAAGCUAAGCUGCAGGAAUUGGAACUUAAGAAGGAAAAGCCAUUUGCACAAACCAGAUGGGAACAUUCUUCAAAGCUUUAAAACAUUGUGCUGUUCAUUGGCGUGCACUGAAGGCACCAACAAGCACAACUUGGUAGUUCUUUGAUUUUGGAUGUAGUAGAGGAUUGAACAUGUUUCAAAUAUUAGUGAUUAUAUUUCUCUUCACAUCUUUGUAGCUCAGCUUGUACUUGAUAUGACAGUAUAAUGCACCACCCAGUGUAAAAAUAUAUAUGA